AUGGCCUCGGCAGCAAUCCCUUCGAAUCCCCAACCCCUGGCGACCACUUCACGCUCUCGCCAAAACCAUCUUAGCAGUCGUUCAUUCCCUGCCGCCGCCGGUGUUUACGAGGACCAAGAAUCACAGCCGCCGCGCUCCAGUAUGUCCUUCAAUAUGAGCCAAGGCUCUCAAGGAAGCGGACUAAUGGCCCAACCAUCCGGCCCAUUCAGACAGUAUGACGGAGGAAACAGUGCAAUCAAUCGUAGAGAUGCUGCGCCCCAGAUAUACUCGGCUAUAUAUUCAGGAGUUGAUGUAUACGAGAUGGAAGUCAAUAAUAUUGCAGUAAUGCGCCGGCGUAAGGAUAGUUGGUUGAAUGCGACUCAAAUAUUAAAAGUUGCUGGCAUUGAGAAAGGAAAGCGUACGAAAGUGCUCGAAAAGGAAAUACUUAUUGGAGAGCACGAGAAAGUGCAAGGUGGCUACGGAAAGUACCAAGGCACCUGGAUUAAGUUUGAACGAGGUCUAGAAUUCUGCCGACAAUAUGGUGUCGAAGAGUUACUACGACCACUUCUGACCUAUGACAUGGGACAAGAUGGCGGAGUUGCCGGACGAGGUGGAAUAGAUACUCCCACGAAGGAGCAGGCAAUGGCAGCGCAACGCAAGAGAAUGUAUAGCUCUUCGGAAAACAGAUCAGGUGGUCAGUCAGGAACUUUCUUCAAGAACAUCUCGAGCACUGCAUCCCAUGCCGUUGCGGCCAUCAGCAAAGCUCGCUUCGAUUCACCAGGUCCUCGCAUAAGGAACAGCAAUGCUGCAACGCGUCCAUCUAGUUUCAGUAGACAGUCUUCACAGCAACAUCUUAGCUCGCAAGAAUCUGCCUUUCCUGGCGGCUCGCAGCAAAGCAUACAGAGUUUUGCCUCCAAUGAUAGCUUUACGGCAAAUGGGCAAGACUCGGCGUAUGCAACGCAAUUCUCUCAUGGAUUGCCAGAUGAUACUCGUAACGGAGACUUUGAGGAGCCCCCAAGGAAGAAGAUGCGACCCACACCUGCCGAAAAUGAUACCCAACAAGCAGGCGGCUAUUACGAUAUGUCCAUGCGAGAUGGUACCCCCACGGAGCCAAAUGAGUCCUUUGUUCACUAUUCACAACGCGCCCAGGUUGACGAAGUCAACAUGCCGAUACCACCGCUAGACGAGUCUACUAUUCCUGAUAUCGAUACGAAGAGGCGUCUUAUUAUGACCCUCUUCCAUGACCCACUGCGGUCGGAUUUCAGCAGUCAUGAUGUCUUCGGCUCCUUGUCCCCUCAAGACCUUGAUAUUCCAAUUGAUAAUGCGUUCAAUACUGCAUUGAUAUGGGCUGCAACUCUUGCUCGGAUUCCUCUCUUGAAGGCUUUGGUUGCGGCUGGAGCGAGCCCUAAUCGGGUGAAUAGAAGUGGAGAGACUGCGUUGAUGCGUUCUUGUGCAGUUACCAACAAUCUUGAUCAUGGCACCUUUACCGAUGUCCUUGAACUUCUUAGCUCUACUAUAAACUUUACCGAUUCGCGUAACAGAACGGUCCUGCAUCACAUAGCCAUCACAUCUGCAGUCAAGGGUCGAAGCUCUGCCAGCAAGUACUACCUGGAAUCUCUUCUCGAGUUUGUUGUUCGCGCAGGCACUGCAUCUAAUAGCCAAACAUCUUUCGGCAACGGGGCACCUCCAGCGGAUUCGAUGAAUCUUGGUCGCUUUAUGUCUGAAGUAGUCAACAUUCAAGAUAGAUCUGGCGAUACUGCGUUAAAUAUCGCCGCUAGGAUUGGAAACGCAAGUAUCAUCAACCAACUUUUGGAAGUUGGUGCAGAUAACCAAGUCAGAAACCACUCUGGUCUCGCCCCUUAUGAUUUCAAUAUUGGAGAUCGACCUAAUAUUGAGCCUCAAUCUGCUCGAAUACCCGCCCCUGAUAAAUAUACUUCACGGACAAAGGAAAGCAGUAGUAAUAUAAUCACAUCUAUCUCCUCCCUUGUGUCUGAUGUUGAGAGCGAAUUUGCUCGUGAGAUGGAGAUGAAGCAGAUUAGGAUCGAUACUCUUCACACCCAAUUAAGAGACUCGUCAGCAAUGCUUGGAGAACAGCGCCGAAGGGUUGAAACCCUGCAGGCAAGGGCUACUGAGCAGAGCACUCGGAACCUCAAAAUUGAGAACCUUACUCGAGCUGUCAAUGAAGAGCGCGCGAAGCUUCAGGACAUGCAGCGAAGAAUGGGACAGGUCAAUGGAGAAAUCAAUAUGCAAUUAGGCGAUGCCGAUAAGGGGCUGGCACUUCCCGCCGGUGCAGUACCGGCGAAUGUUCUAGCAAACAUCAACCCAAAUCCUCAUCAACCUCUCAUACUUGACCAGGCACAACGACAGCUGUUGAAGGCCCUGCCACCGACGCACGUCCUUCGCGCUCGGGUUAAUGCAUACAAGGCGAACAAUCAAGCUUUAGAAGAGGAUGUUCGGGGUCUCGAAGGCAAAAGCUCGGAACUAGCAGCCAAGUACCGCAAGAUUAUCGCCUUGUGUACUGGUACAGAGAAUGUUGAUGACCUUGCGGAGGCUCUUGUUCGCGCUACAGAGAGCGAUGCUGAUGUCGAACUUCCUCGUAUUCGCGACUUUUUGCAACGUGUAGACGGCUCUUAG